CACAAUUAAAUUGCUUAAAUAAUUAAAGUGUAUUUUUUUUGUGAUUUUAAUUAUAUUGAUAAUUAUUUUCGUCAAGUUUUAUUCAUUUUUACCGGGAUGUAAAAAGGAUAUUUUUCUCUUUAAGUAAAAGAAAAUCCAAGAAGAACUAAAAACUUGAAUCUAGUAUAAUUACAACAAAAUUAAUCCAUUUGUUGAUGAUGAUUAUGAUGGAAAAGCGAUAAAUUUAUACCGAUAAGACCAAAGAAAGAAAAACAAUACAAUACACAAGCAAAAAGUAGGAAUAUACCUAUCACAAAAAGUCACCUGCAAUCAAAAUCACCGUCAAACCAGUCGUCGAAGUUCCCCUUUGAGUGUUUCUAAUGACUUCCACCAUCAUCAUCACAACGUCAUUGUUGCUACUGUUAGUGGAAAAAGAACAACAAAACAACUUAACCACAUGACCGAGGAGGGCACAAACAAAAAAAGAUACAAACCAAAGCAAAAUAGCAACAAAAACAAGAAGAAUCCAAAAAAAGAAAAAGCAGGAAAUUAAAACGGGAAAUCAUCACCAUUAUUGUCAGUUCACCUGGAAAAACCCUAUAGAAGAUAGAUAUUGCCCCUCUGUCGAUAAUACACCUUCAUCAUCAUCAUCAUCAUCAACAGCAUAGUACACAACACCAACGCGCUCUAGCAUUUACCAUAAAUAAAUCGCAAUCAAGCCGCAAACUGCACGAAAAAUAAAAUAACAACAACAACAUUAAAACUGUAACAAAUCGAAGAGUGUGUUCCAAAAGUAUCUAUCUAUCUAUCCGUCCACAAGAGUUGCAACUUGAAACACACCAACCACGAAUAGACCAAGCAAACAUUAUGAUGCGCGCGUUCUGCAUCUCAUCAUACUGUCGUCAUGAUUUUCACAUGUAGUCAUCGUCAUAUUCGAGCCCGGCCGGUUCUUCUAAUAAUCCUCCCCUAGAGAGAGUGGAGGUGACCAUCGGCAUCAUCAUCAUCAUUCGCAUGACAAAGCAUGCGGCGAGCUCCAAUUGCACCGAACGGAGGCAAUAACUAGAAUUAAAAACAUAAAAAAAAAAACAAAAACAUAAAAAAACUGAUCCAACUAGCUCUACUAGACGACCAAAGACUACAAGUACGACGACGACGACGACGUUCAUCACGAGGCGGUCGAUGGUGUAGAAACAAGUUCACAGUCUAUCGCCAGUUACAGAACCAAUUUAGACGCAAUCGCGAGCGGUCGUGCUGUAAAAACACACACCACACUCGCGCUACCUCCACUCUGUCUGCUGGAUACGAACGAAUUCGAGUUCGCGCCGCAUCCACCGAAUAUGUGACGUCCGCGAAAACGCGCAAGUCCUUUCUACUGCUGGCCUCGCUCUUAAUACCAAUCGCACCAGCAAUACCUGUCACGGUCUAAGUGGCGAUAAUGUCGUGGUCGUCUUUCCAACUAUUCUAUUUCUUCUGAACUGAACAAAAAAAAAAAAAAACUAGUAAAUUAACGGUACAUUAUUCUGUCGAUCGGAUUGCAGAAUACCAGAACGUCGUCAUCAUCAUCUGUGCAACUUUUAAUUAAUUUGUUUGGAAUCGAGCAUCUCAUGCGCAGAAGAUUUAUUUCCGUCAACCUCAGCUGAUCGAGAUACAAAGUGUUCUCUGUGGACACAAUUUAACCCGGGCGCCAUUUUUUUUUUUUUAAACUUAAAGUAUUGAUAUAUUUGUGUUCUCCCUGUUUGUCUAGUCAAAGUGAAACCCCCCCAAAAAAAUAAAAGAAAACCAAAAGAAAAUGUGUAGGAUUCAUGUUUAUCAGAAUGAUGACAGUCGGUGACGUCAGACAGAAAAAAAAAAAAUGUACCUACAAACUGCCAACAAAAUUAAUUUGAUACUUAAUUUUCUAAUCGACAAGGCAAACAUAAAAAACACUUUUGAAUCAUGAAAAGUACGCGAAUUCAAUAAUAACCCAAUAACCAAAGGGAGAAGACAAAAAUAAAAAUAAAACGGUGGUGGUAGCAUAGAAAAGUUUUUCUUUUCUUUUCGAUUUGCGCAUAAAUAUAUUUGGCGCGAGUAGAAGAAAAUUUUGAAAAAGUAAGAAAAAAAAAAUAAUAAAAACAAACCAACUUGUGUUCUCGUUGGAUUCAGUUCAAUUUCAAUAAAAAACGUGUUGUUUGAAAUCUUUUUGAUAAAAAAGUAUAUUUAUCGAUACAAGUUCGUGUUGUUAUUUAAAAUUAUUGUAGUAAAUACCUACACACACUGUGGGAAGGUGUCAACUAUCUAAUAGGUUUCAUCAUUUAACUGUUAUUUGGACAUAAGAAGGCACAAUGUCAUUGAAGAAGGAAACACCAUCGGAUGUACUUUUGCAUUUAGCAGCGUUACGGGGCGAUGAUAUCACCUUGAGACGAGUUCUUGACAGUGGCAAGGUGCAUGUCGACUGCAAAGACGAGGAUGGUACAACACCACUUAUCUUGGCUGCUGCCGGUGGGCACUGUCCUUGUGUCAUAGAACUUCUUGAACAAGGAGCCGAUCCGAAUUCGAAGAGAGCAACAGGAACAACUCCAUUAUUCUUUGCUGCUCAAGGCGGACAUUUAGAUAUUGUAAAGAUUUUAGUCAAAGCUGGAGCAACGAUCGAUUGUCCGUCAGUUGAUGGCGGAACACCACUCUUUGUAGCCUGCCAAGGUGGUCAUGUGAAACUUGUCAAAGAACUUAUUGAAUAUGGAGCCAAUGUUAAUGCUUGUAUGAAAGAUCGUGCUUCACCUGUAUUUAUAUCGUCACAAAAUGGUCAUCGAACAGUGUUGCUCCUUCUAUUGUCAGCUGGCGCCCAACCCGAUACAAAAAGAAUAGAUGGCGCAACACCACUUUGGAUAGCCUCACAAAUGGGUCACGAUCACAUUUGUAAGGUUCUACUUCAAAAUGGUGCUGAUGUUGAUGCUGUACGUUGUGAUGGAGCAACGCCGUUAUUUAAAGCUGCUCACAAAGGUCAUAUGGCUGUUACGACUGAGUUAUUAAAAUAUCGGCCAAAUUUAGGAAUACUUCCGAAUGGUGAAACAGCUUUACAUGCAGCAGCCAUGUUUGGUCAUUUGACAGUUGUCAAACAAUUAGUUGCAGCUGGUAGUGACAUCUUACAGAAAAAUCAAGAAGGCCUUACUGCAUUACAAGUUGCAAAAAAACAACACUUUGUUACAAUUAGUGAUUAUCUACAAGAUCGUUUACGUGCCGUAAUAGGAAGAAAUUGAACAUAAUUUUUAAUUAAUUUUAUUAAAAUACUAAUACGUCCAUCUUCAUAUUUAUAUUAAAAAAAAAAAAUACUAUGUACCUUUGUUGUAAAACCUAAAAGGUGACAUGUGUUUCGAGCAUAGCACAAUAAACUAUGUGUGUCAUCUACUUGUUUGAUGUAUUGUACAAAAUUUCGAAAUUUUCCCAGUAAAUUAAAAAAAAAAAAAUACAAGAAAAUUAAAAAAAAAAUAUAUUUAUUAAUUUAUUCUAUCAUCUUAAAUCGUAUUUAUGUAUAUUGUAAAUAAAUUCAUUUUUUAAUUUUAAAUGCAAUUGUUAAAUUGUGCAAUGAUAUAUUAAUAAACAACAUACAACAUGAUGAUAGCACAAGUAAACAAAUAAACGUCCGUGUUGGAAUUGUAAAUUUAUAUACUAUAAAAAAUAACCACUGUUAAGUAUA